CGCCAACCCAUGCGGAUAUAGCACUGUGUAAAAUGGCGGCGUGAAAGAGGCUCGUUCAAAACAUAAGCGGUGUUACCUGUGAAGGUGGUUUGCUAACAUUGAGAAACGAGACGUGACGUGAAGCUGCGUGAGAAUCAUUCAGAGACAGAAGAAGGAAUUUACAUUCCAGCAAAAAAAAGACGUGGGAUGGCGAAGAGGAUCGCUGAUAAAGAGUUAACGGACAGGAACUGGGAUCAGGAGGAGGAGGGCGAGGAGGCCGGGACGUUUUCACUGGCGAGCCAUGAUGUGCUGAAGAACCGGGCGAUAAAGAAAGCCAAACGCAGAAACAUCGGGGAAGGGGGCGAGGCCAGCGGCGCCUUCAAAGGUUUCAAAGGUUUCGCUUUGGGUGCCGGCACGGGGACGCCGACGGUGGCGGCGAGUGGCGCCUCUGCUCCAACAGGGUUCUCUGGAUUCGGGAACGGGGGCGGGUUCAAAGGCCUCGGCGGUCUGACGAACGGGAACAGCGCCGCGCUGUCAUUCGCAUGCUACUCUUCUCCUGCGGCGUCCAGCGCUUCACCCGGUCUGACGUUUAACGGCCCCGCCUCCACCAAGCCCACCGCUGACAUCACAGCCAAGCAGACCAAUGGCUCCGCCCCCAGCCCGGCUCAGAGCUCGGGCUGCAGCAGCAGCGGCGGCAGUGUGAGCAACAAGGAGUACAGCCGGCAGCUCACGGCGCUCAACUGCUCGGUGCGCGACUGGAUCACCAAGCACGUGAACGACAACCCCCUGUGCGACCUCAACCCCAUCUUCAGGGAUUACGAACGCCACCUGGCCAGCAUCGAGCGCCAGUAUGGAGCCGGCUCUGCUGCAGACGCGGGCUCCGAGGAGAAGAAGAAAUCCACAGCCUCCUCUCCUCCUCCCUCCUCUUCAUCCUCGUCCUCCUCGUCCUCGGGCAGCUCGGCGACGGCGCCCGCUCCCGCAGCGUCUUUGUUCUCCUUCAGUAAAAACUCCACAGACGAGAAAAGCAGCAGCAGCCCCGGCGUCACGUUUAACUUCGGUCAGAAGGUGGACAGCUCCGUGCUCGCCUCCCUAGGGUCCAAGUCGACCCCCCCCAGCUUCUCCUUCUCCUCCAGCGCCUCCUCCAGCACCUCCUCCUCUCUGUUCGGAGCGCCGGGAUCUGCUGCGGCGCUGUCCUUCAGCGGGAACAAGAGCAGCGACGCUCAGCCUGCAGACGAGAACGCCGACGAGGAGUCGGACGAGCCGCCCAAACCCGAGGUCAAAGAGGUGAAGGAGGACGACGCCUUCUACUCAAAGAAGUGUAAACUGUUCUACAAGAAGGACAACGAGUUCAAAGACAAAGGAGUCGGCACGCUGCACCUCAAAGAGAUGGAGGACGGGAAGACUCAGCUGAUCAUCCGCGCCGACACAAACCUGGGAAACAUCCUGCUGAACAUCGUCGUGCAGUCGUCCAUGCCGUGCUCUCGCGUCGGGAAGAACAACGUGAUGGUGGUGUGCGUCCCCAACCCGACCCUCGACGACAAAAACCCCUCCAGCCCCGUCCCCCUCCUCAUCAGGGUCAAGACCGCCGAGGAUGCCGACGAGCUCCACAAGACGCUGGAAGAGAAGAAAGGCUGAAACCCCCUCACACACACCCGUCCCCCUCCUCCUCCUCGCUCUCCUCCCUGAGCUCUUAGCAGACUCCGCCCCCCGGUUCAUCCUCCGGUUUCAUCCACACACACGUAAACACACUCACCUGUUCCCUCCUGGUCGAUCACGCUCCCCUCAGAUCUUCACCAUCAUAUCGCUCGUCAUACUGUGAAACGUUUUAUCUAGAAUCACCAUUAUUACAAAAAGAAAAAAGCACGUCGUCGUUGACGCUCCGACUCGGCUACAUUCCUCCGGUUGGACGCUGCUGCUGCUGUUUUUAUUGGACGAACAGAACGACGUCUCUUAAAUGUCACUGUUUGAUUUUACUGUUUUAAUUUGGUUGUCGGGUGAACGAGCGAGCGCAGACGAGUUCUUAAUCGUACGGUCUUCACCACUGAGUUUAAUUUUGGGGAAACCUCCGAAUAAAAAGUCGAUUUGGUUUUACAAAUGAAAUAUCUGCAGUAACCGUUAGUUUUAGUUUCUCGAGGAGUCGCCGUGUUUCUUCUUUUUGUGCUCUGGAAACUAUUUAUUGUGUGGGCGCGAUUGAAACACCCCCCCCCCCCCCCCAGUGUGAAUGUUUCCCCCCCUCCCGGAGAGCUUCUUAAAAAACAUCAGUGUGGAAGGUGUGACACGGACCGGCUCUUUAUUUUAAUCUUCACUUUUCUGUCGACAUGGACUCUGUUGUUGUUGUUGUUUUUUUUUUUCCAAGUGUCCUUUGUGUGGCCUUCGGUUCGGCCUCUCGAGGCGAGGCAUGCUGUCAUCGUCCGAGAACAUUUGUAAAGACGUGUCGGGGAAUAAAAGGAAUCAAACCACGA